AUGGACGGGAAAGCUGUCUUUGUCCUCAGCUUACAAGCUUUGUUUGUACAGGUGGUAAUGUGCAUCGGCCCUUACAACCCAGUUUUCGACGACAGUUUUAACUGCUUCCCGUUUGGCGGCGUCCCACCUUUUGAUACCGGUUUUGGCCCACUGGACGGUCCCUACCCUGGCUGUGGAUUCGGGCCACUGGCUUCAUCUAUCAUCGCUCCACCACCAGGCAUAGCCGCAGGAUACAACGGCCUACUGCCAAUAUCGGUUGCCCCACCCACACUCCCUCAAGCCAGCUUAUCGGUUUUGUCAGAGAACGUAAUCGAAGGUGUUGUGAAAGUUGUAGGACAGUUACCGUUUAUUAGUUCGAUAGCUAUGUCCGGAGAGUUUCCUACCACCGGCACUGGAGAAGUAGCGUAUGGGUGUGGCGAUACAGCGGUGAUCAUCAAUGAAGCACCAGGGAUUGCGACUGUCUUAGAUUAUGCGCCUAUACCUUACAAUUUUGACGAUGUAGGCUACAGAACACCAGGCUGCGGCUUUGGCCCGUACCAUUAA